CGGACUGCACCCCGGCAGCGAGGCAACUUUCAUCCCGAGGACUGGGGCGGGGGUGCAAAGUUGGCCCUCAUCUGUGCUCCUGUGGCCGACGAAAGCAUCGUGAUUUCAUUUGAUUUUAUUAAAUAUUUUUUUUGUUUGUAUUCGGCGACAUUGGUAAGCAGGCGACACGGCGGCUUGGGUUGAUUUGUUUUCUUUCCUUUGCUAUCCGAUGGAUAUUCACUGCAAGGCGGACCCCUUCGCCGCCAUGCACCGGCACGGGGGUGUGAACCAGCUCGGCGGGGUGUUCGUCAACGGAAGACCCCUCCCGGACGUGGUGCGCCAGCGCAUCGUGGAGCUGGCCCACCAGGGGGUUCGACCGUGCGACAUCUCCCGGCAGCUGCGCGUCAGCCACGGCUGCGUCAGCAAGAUCCUCGGCAGGUACUACGAGACGGGCAGCAUCAAACCGGGCGUGAUCGGAGGCUCCAAGCCCAAAGUGGCCACGCCGAAGGUGGUGGACAAGAUCGCGGACUACAAGAGGCAGAACCCCACCAUGUUCGCGUGGGAGAUCCGCGACAGGCUGCUGGCGGAGGGCAUCUGCGACAACGACACCGUGCCCAGCGUCUCGUCCAUUAACCGGAUCAUCCGAACAAAAGUGCAGCAGCCCUUCCAUCCGUCGCCCGACGGGACGUCCCUGUCGACGGCAGGCCAUACCAUCGUGCCAAACACAGCGUCUCCACCAGUAACCAGCGCCUCCAACGACCCCGCGGGGUCCUACUCCAUUAACGGCAUUCUGGGUAUUCCGCGAUCCAACGGUGAAAAGAGGAAAAGAGAUGAAGAUGGCUCAGAUGGUUCUGGCCCAAACAGUGAUUCUCAGGGUAGUGUGGAGAGUUUACGGAAACACCUGAGGGCCGACGCCUUCACCCAGCAGCAGCUGGAAGCGCUGGACCGCGUCUUUGAACGCCCCCCGUACCCGGACGUCUUCCCUACGUCGGAGCACGUCAAACCGGAACAGGCUAAUGAGUACGCGCUGCCCGGCCUCAAUUCCAGCCUGGACGAAGUCAAGCCCAGUUUGUCGGCCAACGCCAACCCGGAGCUGGGCCCCAGCGUGUCGCAAAGCUUCCCCGUAGGUCGCGACAUGGCCAACACAACGUUACCCGGGUACCCCCCUCACGUUCCACCCACAGGCCAGGGCAGUUACCCGACUUCCACGCUGGCUGGAAUGGUUCCUGGGAGUGAGUUUUCGGGGAACCCCUACAGUCAUCCGCAGUACACCACCUACAACGAAGCUUGGCGAUUCAGCAAUCCGGCGUUACUAAUGCCGCGUCGAGAGGCUCCGUCCCACCCGCUGCUGCCGCUGCCUAUGACCGCCCCUAGUUACCAUGGAAACCAAAUCAGCCUGCAGGACCGUCGCCUCAGCCUCCAGAUUUGAGCACAGCGAACUCACACCACCAGGCCACUUUUUGGCCGUUUUUGGUUUGUUCUUUUUUUAAGAUCGUCUUCGACUUGCCGAACAGUCGAGGCUUGCAGAAAAGUGAGAGGAAAAAAAAAACACACAUUUGAAUCAGCCAUCGUGGACCAAUACUGUACAUUCCUUUGCUUGGCAGCUCUCAGCGGGGACUGUUUGGGGCUUCAAAAUGGAGCGGCGGCGGCGGCCUUUCCUUUUUUUUUCCUAUUUCUCCUCCCUUAAAAUGGGAACGCCGCGAGAUGAGCCGGCUGCAUAGUCACUAUUCAUCCAUCAUCCGGCAUGGCGGAAUGCCGUGAGAAGAUUACGACUCUGUGAUACACAAUCAACGUGUUAAAAAAAAAAAAAAAAAAA